AUGAUGAGAGAAACCCUCGAUAUCAUGAAGUUCCCCCCUGAAAUACGCUGCAUGAUAUGGGGAUUGACGCUCCCCGGCGCUCGAGCCAUCACUAUACGCAUGAGAUCCAGGGAUUCAUUCCUCUGCAGUGUCCCGAUACCUCUUGCGAUGCACAUCUGCCAAGAAUCUCGCCGAGAGGCACGCAAGACCUUGACGCUCUUUUCUCCCGCCGCGUCCAGUGGAUUCAAGCCCAUGUACCUGGACCCGAGGCACGACAUCAUCCACCUCGACAUGCAUGAUCGUUUCGCGGUUGUCAGCAAACUCUUCCCUCAGCUCAAUGACAUGCACACAAUCGCCUUUCCUCUCGACGCCAUGGAUACCUGGCCUUGGCGUAAAGGCCCUCUGGAGCCUUGCUUCCAAGGCAUGAGAAGGCUGCUUUUGUUUGAACGCAAGACGGCCACUGCUCUAAAAGAAGAGCGCUGCCACAUCGAUAUCAAGCUAUUGCCGGUGGACCGGGACUUUGGACUAUGGAGGUCCGCGUGGAGGAUCUUUAUUGAGAAACACCGGCCAUUUGGUGAUUGCGUUCCAGAGAUUCGGUUCGUUGUUGUCAAACGUAUCUGA